GACCCCUACACUUCACUUACCACAGCUUUGGACUGUAUUGACAUCAGCGCCGUAACACAAUACCACAAAUAUGGCACCUCGAACAGACUUCCCCCCAAUCCGAGCAUGUCUCUUCGACAUGGACGGACUCCUCCUCGAUUCCGAAGACAAGUACUCUAUCGUCACCAACACUCUCCUCGAAAAGUACAACAGGCCACCACUCCCCUGGUCCAUAAAAGCACAAUUACAAGGUCGACCCGCAGCUUCUGCCAGCGAAAUUUUCUUUGGUUGGGCCAACCUACCAAUCUCCCGUGAGCAGUAUAUCGAAGAACAAGAAUCCCUCAAGCGAGAAUUAUUCAAAACCUGUAUGCCGUUACCCGGUAUAACAAAACUUUUAGAAGAUUUAAGGAAUGCAAAAUCAACAGCAAAGGAAGGAGAGAAGGAAAGGAAGCUACAUAUUGCCCUAGCGACAAGUAGUCAUCAGGAGAUGUACGAUGCCAAAACUUUGAAUCACGUAACGCUUUUCGAAGUCUUUCCUCCACACCGAAAAGUUCUAGGAGAUGAUCCACGAAUUGGACCAGGACGCGGCAAACCUGCUCCAGAUAUUUAUCGGCUAGCACUGGAUACCAUAAACCAGAGUUUAGAAGAGGGGGAGGAGCCCGUGAAACCGGAAGAAUGUCUAGUAUUUGAGGACUCUGUACCAGGUGUAGAAAGUGGAAGAAGAGCAGGAAUGAGAGUAGUGUGGUGUCCGCAUCCCGAAUUAAAGAAUGAGUUUGUGGGGAGAGAAGGAGAAGUUCUGGCAGGAUCGACGGGAGAAGGAGGAAACUUGAAGGAAGAUGGUGUUGUUGGUACCGUGGGAGAUGGAUGGGGUGAUUAUUUGGAGACCUUAGAGAACUUCCCCUAUAAACGAUAUGGGAUUUUGGUGAACUAGAAGAGAGGUGCUUAGACUUGCACAUAGAUACUUCGCGAUAGAAUAUACAAAGUCGAUAGACUUUUGGUGAAACAGUAUAGAUUUAAGAUACCUUACUAAUCGGCCCUGUAGAAUCUACCAUGAUGAAAACUUUCUCGAGCA